CAAACACUUUGAUACCGGAAGUGACUUUCUGACUUCCACAGAACUUCUCGGAUCUGAACUUCUCCGAAAAAAUCUACCGUCAUAUCGGAAAUCCGGAUGCGUGUCAUGGUGUGGCACAGCGGGGUGACUCGACUAUUCUGCUUGGGGCGUGUUGCAUAGUCAAAAGUCAAUAUAUCCAGUUACAUUUCUGGGAACGCCUCUCCUGGCGCGGCGGGUUGGCUUGAGAUAAUUAGUCUGCAUUGUUGCCUGUUGCGCGCUAGCUGUGGGCGGACCGAGGUUCUGAGUAGUCGUGACACGGCAGGGGAACAACAGGGAGCGACUGGCGGCACGUAGCAGCACAGACAUCCUCACUCUACACCCAACAGCGCAGUAUGGGCGACUGGCUUGUUAAUGAAGGCCCCAAGUGGCUGAUUUUGGUUCUGUGGUUUGGGAUCAACAUUGGUCUGUUUGUUGGUUACUUCCUGUUUUACCACCAAGGAAAUCAGUUCUACUAUCUCAGGUUACUUCUGGGACAUGGAUUAGCCUGGGCACGAGCCCCUGCAGCGUGUCUGAACUUCAACUGUAUGCUGAUCCUGCUGCCUGUCUGCAGGAACCUCAUCUCCUACCUGCGAGGAUCCUGUGGGUGUUGUCGGCGCAGCAUCCGUCGGCAGUUGGACAAGAACAUAACAUUUCACAGAGCAGUGGCUUACAUGAUAUGUCUCCACACAGCUAUUCAUUUUGGUGCUCACUGCUACAACCUGGAGCUGCUGGUUGCUGCCCAGACUGACCCGUACAACCUGCCCUUCUUCUUCUACGGUAACGACACGGAAAAUCUCAUCGCCAAACUCACCAGUCUGCAGGAUGGAGUUAACUCCACCUACAUCAAUCCCAUCAGGCUGUCUAACUCGGAUCCCAUUAUAGAAGGUCUGAAGACGAUCGCAGGUGUGACAGGUGUGGUCAUCACACUGGCACUUAUUGUCAUGGUGUCAUCAUCUACUGAAGUCAUCAGGAGGUCUUACUUUGAGGUUUUCUGGUACACACAUCACCUCUUCAUCAUCUUCUUCAUCGGGCUGGUCCUGCAUGGCAUCGGUGGUAUUGUACGUGGACAGACCAACCUUGAUGUACAUAACCCUGAAGAGUGCUUCAAAAGGUACCUGGAAUGGAGUCCAGCUGAUGCCACCUGUAAGAUUCCACAGUUUCAAGGAGGAGGAGCACAGACAUGGAAAUGGGUGCUUGCUCCCAUGAUCCUCUAUGUUGCAGAACGUUGCAUAAGGUUCUACCGCAGUCAGCAGAAAGUUGUCAUCACAAAGGUGGUGAAGCACCCGUCCAAAGUUCUGGAGCUGCAGAUGAAGAAGCGAGGUUUCCAGAUGCAGGCAGGACAAUACAUCUUCCUCCACUGUCCUAGCAUCUCACGACUGGAGUGGCAUCCCUUCACACUCACUUCUGCUCCUCAGGAGGACCACUUCAGUGUGCACAUCCGUAUAGUGGGAGACUGGACCGGCGCUCUGUCCAAGGCCUGUGGUGCAGAGGAGCCAGAGUUCCAGGACGCCUGGAAGAUGCCGCAGAUCGCCGUGGACGGACCCUUUGGAACAGCCAGUGAAGACAUCUUCCGCUAUCAGGUGGGCGUGCUGGUGGGAGCAGGCAUCGGGGUGACUCCCUUCGCCUCUGUGCUGAAGUACAUCUGGUAUCAGUACUGUAACCCUGACAUCACCCUGAAGCUGAAGAAGGUGUACUUUUACUGGAUCUGCCCGGACACCCUGUCCUUUGAGUGGUUUGCAGACCUUUUGCAGUCCCUGGAGAACCAGAUGUUGGAGCGAGGCAUGGGGGAUUUCCUCAACUACAACAUCUACCUCACCAGGGGCUGGGACGCCAACCAGGCCAAGAACAUCAUUCUACAUGAAGAGGAAAACAGUGAUGUCAUCACUGGCCUGCAGCAGAAGACUCACUAUGGCCGUCCUCACUGGGAUCAGAUCUUCAGUAACAUCGCACAGUCCCACACUGGGGUGAGUGUGGGCGUGUUUUUCUGCGGUCCCAAAGGUCUGUCCUCCACUCUACACCACAUGUGUAACCAGCACUCCAGCUCAGACCCCAGAGGUGUGCACUUCCACUACAACAAGGAGAACUUCUAGGACUCCAAACAGACAUCAAAUACAACAUGCUUGCUUAUUGCUUCUUGUCGAAGUUCUUGCCCAUGCACCAAUCUCCGUUACUGUAGCCCUUGGGGCCACACCAAAGCCACACAAUUGUGCAAUCACUACAGCAGGGGGCUAGUCCACUGUUAGUAGUUAUAGUGGUGUUUGAUGAGUGCUUAGCAGUAAAAGCAGUAUGACAUUGCACUCUUUUUAAAGUCUUUGGUAUGAGUCAGCCUAGCAUUGAACUCAUGGCCUACUGAAUGCAAGACAAUUUAUAUGUAUUCAGGAUUAAUCAUGCAUCUGACUAAAUAGAACAUUUAUAAAACAGGAAUCACUACUUGUGAAUAUUGCAGCAUUUUAACAUGUUCUAAUGACUUACAGAUUUUUAGUAAAGAUGUGAAUAAUCUUACAUCUGUUAUGCAUAUGAUGAUUGCAUUUUCUGCAGAGUUAAAUCAUUUAUGCCUUAGCUCAUUACUAAGGGAGGACAUAUCCUUCCUUGGAUUCCUUGGAAGGGUACUGUUUUCGGUAAUGUUAGUCUGUUCACAUCUGUAGCUCAUGGUGGCUUUAAUGGUGGCUCAAUGUGAUUUCUUCGAUUUUUGGUAUAUGAGUAGUUAUUGGGAUCCAGAUGGUGCAGAUUGUUUUUGUUUAAUUUUAUCUGUAUUUUCCGGUCUUGAAAUGAAAUAAUUGAACACUUUGUCACAUAGUGUUACUGUAAACAUUGCUGUUAAUGCAAUUUCUGAAAUUAUCAGCACUUGUUGUGAUCAGAUCAUCAUACAUUAGAUUACUUCUCAGAGGUUUGGAAUGAUCUCAGAUUCUCGUUGCUUGAAAACAGAUAACUCUCAUGACUGGGAGUGUAGAGGAGAGGUGACGGCAGGGCAAAUCUCCUGGGUACCACAGGGUAGAAUACUCAGCCCACACAUGAUCACAGACUAGUCAUUACAACUUACAGUUGCACUGCAACAUUUCUAGUUGGAUUUGAAAAACCAUUCAGACUUUGUAUUUUAUAUUUGUAUUUGAUAGCUGAUAUAUGUACAUAUGAUGUACAUGUAUGAUAAGCAUGAUAAGAGCUUUACAUGGUAUUUGCUGUUGAAUAGAUACAAGUAUUUUAUAUGAUGCAGAAGAGAGCAGUGUGUGUUGUCAGCCAGACUUUUCUAUCAAUCAUGUAGUAAAGGCUUGUAUUAAGAAA